CGUGGUUUCACGCUCCUAUCGCGACUUUACAGCGGAUAAUGUCACAUCAGGACGCAUUUAAUGUUAAUUUAAUGACUUCACAGCGCUCAUGUGUGGCUCGAAAGUGCUUUUGUAUUUUGUUUUCACUGUGAUUGGAAGCUGUGCUGUAAGUUGAAGAUUUACAUUUUGCCAGUCUGAUGAUGUGCUGCUGCUUUCUGGGGACAUCGUUGGUGGUCAGUGUUUGGCCCUGCCUCCUGAUCCACAUCGUUGUUUACACCUGUAAUAAGGUGGGUCAGUCCAGGUCAGUCCACCGACUCCAAGGGAAACCAGUUAACUAACAAAGCCAGCGACUGAAGGAACCAGUCCUCCACUAUGGCGAGCCAGGACUCUGUCAACCCUUCACAUGCUACAUUUGACCUCUACAUCCAAGCGCAGAGUUGUAAGGAUGUGAAGCAUCACUUUGCUGAGCUCUGCCAGCAACUGGACAUCGAUCCUAAGGAUUAUAGGAGUUUCUACAGCAAGUUGAAGGAAAGACUGAACUACUGGAAGGCCAAAGCCCUGUGGACAAAGCUGGACAAAAGGGCAUCUCAUGCAGAUUACCAGCAAGGAAAAGCCUGCACCGGAAACAAGUGUCUUGUAUUGGGUGCGGGGCCAUGUGGACUGAGAACGGCCAUCGAACUGUCCCUGCUGGGGGCUCAGGUGGUGGUGCUGGAGAAGAGAGAGGCAUUCUCCAGGAAUAAUGUUUUGCAUCUGUGGCCUUACACCAUCUGUGACCUCCGUGGGCUCGGAGCCAAGAAGUUCUAUGGGAAAUUCUGCACCGGCUCUCUGGAUCACAUCAGCAUCCGUCAGCUGCAGUUGAUUCUAUUGAAAGUGUCACUUCUCCUCGGGGUGGAGGUGCACACUGGAGUGGAGUUCCAGGGCUUGAUUGAGCCCUCAGGAGAAAACGGUUGGAUGGCCAAGCUGCAGCCCGGCUCGCAUCCUGCCACAGCCUUCCAGUUUGACGUCUUCAUCUCUGCUGGAGGAGGCAGGUUUGUCCCUGAUGGUUUUCAGCACAAGGAGCUGAGAGGCAAGCUGGCUAUUGGUAUCACAGCCAACUUUGUUAACAACAACACUGCUGCUGAGGCCCAGGUAGCAGAGAUCAGCGGUGUGGCUCGCAUCUACAACCAGAAAUUCUUCCAAGAGUUGCUCAGUGAGACGGGUAUUGAUUUAGAGAAUAUCGUCUACUACAAAGACGACACCCACUACUUUGUCAUGACUGCCAAGAAGAAGAGCUUGCUGAAGAAGGGGGUCAUUAAACAGGACUACAAUGAUGCAGAGGAGCUGCUGGCUCUUGCAAAUGUGGAUCCUCAAGCUUUGUACAGCUAUGCCCACGAUGCUGCCUGCUUCUCUACAGGCGGAAAACUUCCUGACCUCCAGUUUGUUCAAAACCAUAGCGGCCAGCCAGACGUGGCCAUGUUUGACUUCACCUGCAUGCACCGUGCUGAGAAUGCCUCUCUGGUCAGGGAGAGGAGAGGCAAGAAACUGCUGAUAGGUCUUGUUGGAGAUUGCCUGGUAGAGCCUUUCUGGCCUCUGGGUACAGGUAUCGCUCGAGGGUUUCUCGCCGCUUUUGACACAGCAUGGAUGGUGAGAAGCUGGGGUAUGGGGGUCCCACAUCUCAAGGUCCUAGCGGAGCGAGAAAGUAUGUACCAGCUCCUGUCCCAGACCACACCAGAGAACACCAGCAAAAACUACUCUGGCUACAGUAUUGACCCCAGAACACGGUACCAGAGGGUCAACCUCUCAUCUGUGCGCACCAACCAGGUGCAGCACCUAUAUGAUGUUGAUAAAUCUCAUCUAUCAAGCAAGAAACAGAAGGACAAGUCGUCUCCCCUGCGUCAUGAUUCAGUCAGUGGUUAUGAAGGGCUGUUGAAAUGGUGCCAGAAACACACCGCAGGUUAUGAGAAGGUAAAUGUAAAAGAUCUGACCCAGUCGUGGAGGUCCGGGCUGGCUCUGUGUGCGCUCAUCCACCACUUCAGGCCUCAGCUCAUUGACCUGACUUCCCUGGAUGUGUCCAGUGCUGUUCACAACAACCAGCUGGCCUUCAGCAUCCUGGAGAAGGAGCUGGGCAUCCCACCUGUCAUGUCUCCCAGUGACCUGGCCAACAGCGGCCAAAUAGACAAGUUGUCCAUGGUCCUGUACCUCACCCAGGUCCAAGAUGCUUUCACUGGGCCAGCAAAGGAUAAAGGUGUGGAUCCUGUAGGCUUCGUGCCAUUGUCCAAGACUCUGACUCUCUCCCAGGCACAGUCAGCUGUGUUUUUCCUGAACAAGCUGAAGCACAACUCUCUGCAGAGACGUAAGGAACAGCUGGCAGCUGAGAAGCGAGUAAAAGAGGCAAGGAUGGGAGAUGAGGACAGGACGGUGGUGCCUCCUGUGUCUCCUGAGUGCAAUCAGACACCUGAUCCUGUUCCUGCUCUUGAGCCUGAACCGGAAGCUAGUACUUGUGUGUCCAUGACAAACAGUGAGGAGUGUUAUUUCUGUGGUCAGAGAGUCUAUGUGCUGGAGCGCAUCAGCGCUGAGGGCAAGUUCUUCCAUCGGAGCUGCUUCGCGUGCCAUCGGUGUGGCAUCACACUCAGACUGGGAGGAUACACCUUCGACCAGACUACAGGGAGAUUCUACUGUGAGCUGCACUCUGAAGAGCUGGAACUGGGAAUCGGGACUGGAACAUCCUGGAAGGAAAAUGGAGGAAUUCACCAAGGGGCAAAUGAAGAGACCUCCAGUGAUGGUUAUACACCAUCUCCAUCAGAUGAAGAGUAUGAACACACUUUGGACAAUGCUCCCUCUUCACCCACAAUGUCACAGAAACCUGAUGGACAGGACCAGCAUGUUCUUGAAUCCAAAGAAGAGUCCCAAGGCCCACAUACAUCAGAAACUCCCACAGGCCCUCCACCUAAAACUGAGGUAGCAGCACCCACUGAAGGCGAGACAGAGGAACCUUCUCCCGCAGUGCCCUGCCCAGUCCCAAAGCCCCGUCACUUUCAACAGACUAAGCCCAGCCCUCAGCCCUCUCCUCCAAUAGCAAAACCUCGCACAAUCCAGCUUUUAAACCCUUCAACUGAGCAAAAACCUACAAAAGAGAUCUGCAAGGCAGCACCAGACUCUCGUCCUAAGCAGUCACUGCGGAAGCUUCAGCUGACCGACGAGGAGAAAAGCCAACUGGUGAAUCUUCAGAGCUUCAGUGCAGACUCGGACUCAGAGACCCCCGGUGGAUCCUCAUCCUGCUCCUCAUCCUCGGCAACAGCAGGGGGUCCAGGCCCUUCUAAAACAGAGGGCUUAGAUGGGCAAGAAGAGGAGGGCUACUGGAGUGGGAGCACCGCUAGUCACAUCCGGGAGAGAAGGAUCCGGCGCUGCUUCAAGAAAAAAGAGAUGCCAAGCGGGCAGACCAGAAUACGAUCCAAGUUUUCCCCCUGGAAUCUGUCUUCCCCAAGGAUCAGCAGAGACACCAGGCUCAGUGUCCUCAACAACCAACCAGAGAGUUUGGAAACAACAUUCAGACAUGUUAACAGUGCCUCAGAAGAGGGUGUCGAUGGAGAUGACGACGACGAGGAGGAGGAUAUGUUUGAACAAGACAUUGACUUAUAUGAUGAGAAAUUUCAGAAUGUGCCACCAGACCCUGUUGAGGCUGAGAAGCUGGAGCUGAUGAAGAUGAGGACACUGGAGCGGCGAGCCAAGAUGAGUGAAUUACAGCGACUGCGCAAAGCACAGUCCAUCCAGAGGAGACUGGAGGAGAUCGAGGUGACCUUCAAGGAACUGGAGGACAAAGGUGUAGUGCUGGAGCGAACUCUGCGAGGAGAGGCAGGCAGCAGUGGUUCUCCUGAUGCGAUCGAGCAGUGGAUCCAACUCGUCCAUGAGAAGAAUGCGUUGGUUUCUGAGGAGUCUGACCUCAUGGUGGCGUCUCGUCAGCUGGAACUCGAAGACCAGCAGACAAUGUUGGAGUUGGAGCUCAGGAAAUACAUGGAGCUAAAUGACAAGACGCCAGAGCAACAGGCAGAAGAAGAGCGGAUCCUUGAACAGAUGAUCGAGGUGGUGCAGAUGAGGGACUCCCUGGUGUCAUUCCUGGAAGAGAAGAGGCUGAAGGAGAUGAGCGAGGAGCAAGAGGCCUUCUGCAUCAUGGAGGCCAAACGGCACUCGAAGGCAGGAGCUCAGGUUCACUGGUUGUAAGGCUGUCCUGCACACACAUACUCAGCAUGAACCUGUAUGUACUGCACAGUAGAUGCUAUCGCAGCUACUGUGUGUGAGACUUGCGGCAUUAAACUUUUGCAAAGCCAAAGAUGAUUCAACAUCGUUGCAGAGGGUAACCCACCACAAGUGGCCCCUCAGUAUAAGAGUCCGGCUGUAUGGGCCAGAGGCUGAAUGAAUACAAGUUGCAGUUCGCUCCCCAAGAGGAAGACGUAAGCCUGAAAGAUCUGAAGCUACAAGUCGAUGCCAUGCCUGCUGUGAUCUCAGCAACAGAGCACAUAUGGAAAAGUGUUGUUAAAGUCAGUUGCACUGUUGAACCACUACCACACAGCAGAGAAUCGUCACCCAGCCAGCGACUUGUCAGAACAAGCAACUCAAGUGUAGCCAACCUACAACGACAGUGGCGGGACACCUACAGCGGAUGUGGAGCCUGAAGACGGAGAGCGAAUUUGGAAAGAGGACAGUGGUGUUUUGGAGAACAGUUGAGUGUUCAUGUUGAUUUACUUCUAAUCACGAAUAAGUGCUUUUGUGCACAAGCAUAACAUACAGUACAUAUAUGUUUGGUAUUUCAAGAAACAUGUUGAUAGUAGCUAACAGAAUUAUUACAGUAGAAUUCCCAUUCAUUUGUUUCAUUCGUUUUUCUGAUCCACUUGUUAUUUCUGAAUGUCAGUAGCACUUCCUGCAUCUCACCCCGUUCUUUCCUGGGAUCAUGUUGUAUAAUUAAACUCAGGGGUUGGUUGUUCAGUCCUCUUAGCAGCAGAGUUAAGGUUUUCACUGACGACCUUCAACAGUCAGCUGCUGUAUUAUAUGAACACAGGACUUGGGGUCAGUGAUAAAGAAGCUAAACGGGGCUGGUUUGUCUGUUUAUACAUGCCAUCAGUUAUCAUUUUCAGGUGUUCCAUGUGGCAGCAGAACAGCCAAAAUCAAGAGAAAGACCAGUUUGCUGUUAGUGAAGCAGGGCCUUAUAGAGUCAUUGUUCUGCUGCUCUUUUGUGCCGUCUGGAGAGCACUUCACCGUAUAUCAAAUAAAGACCAUGCACUUUGAUGCCUUACUUUUUAUGUUUUUAUAACACUCUGAAGUCCUCAGAAGUGAAACCCGGUGUCCCCAGGU